AUGAUCCUUAUCAUGUUUUUGUGUGUGUGUGUGUGUGUGUGUUCAGUGUCCUUAACAGACGGGUGUCAGUGUUCAGUGGUGAGUCAGAGUGAGAAGAUGCAGCUUCUGCUGCUGGUUUGUCUUUUGGCGUAUGGAUCAUGGGGAGUUCCAGACAAGCUGGUUGUCACUCAGACUCCUGCCGUCUCUGUGACGGAGUGGGGGGCAGCAAACAUCUCCUGCUGCUGGACGGGGACCUUUGACAGACUCUCAGUGAUCUGGCUGAAAAAUGAAACGCAGUUCGAUUCAGAGAUUGUGCUCUCGAAACCCGAUGUCCAUUGUACAGUGUUGUCCUUCAGGAAGAUCACUAGGAAGCAGUCAGGGACAUACAUCUGCAGCGUGACCCUGGUUAUUCCAUUUUAUGAGAAGGCUGAAGGAAACGGUACGGUCGUCACGGUCUUGGCCAGAGAGGACCCAGAAGACAGCAGAGAUGCUGACUCAGACAGAAGUGGUGAAAUCCCAGAGAGCAGAGGAAAGACUGAUGACUCGUCAGCUGCUGGCAGAGGGAAACGCAUCGUACUGCAAAAAAACAGAAAGGGCACUGAUGACGUGCCCUACGAGAAAACAGCUGCUGGUGAUCCAAGGGAGGACGUGUUGACUUUCAUCAUGAGGUCUCUGCCCAUCCUCGCCCUCUUCCUUACCUUCAUCUACCUCUACUGUUCAUGGAGCAAAGCUCAGUCACACACGCCAGCUGCUCCAGAAAAUGAGCCCACUUCAGGACAAACAUCAGAUCAAGACCAAGAAGAAGAGGAAAGUGCUGCGAUAUCGAAUGUGAAGGGAAAAGAAGAGAACACGAUAUCAGAGGACUGACAGAAAGGCAAACGGUCCUUAUAACCGCCGUUAGCUACUGACUGGACUGAAAUGACAGAAGCAGCACAUCUGAAGGCCCGUUUUGAACUCACCUGCCAAGAUCAUAAGCUAAGAGACAGACUCACCUGAAGACACGUGUGUGUCAAUAAAUGUACAGCAUGGAAGCUCACACGAUGCCUGUUGUGGUUUCUCACUGAUGAAAUGGGACAAAAACGCAAACAUUUUAAAUCACUAGCUGAGUAAUCACAUGUGGGCUGAAGGAUUUCUAAACUCUGCUUGUAAACCACCAGAGUUUAAAAAUCCUUCAGCCCUGCUUAUAAUGUGCUGAUAGAUAUUCAUACAUAAUCGCUAAUUACUAUUGCCGUUACUAUUACUAACUAUUAAACAUUACUUUGGUUACUAUCUUUUUAAAACUCCAUUCAGAGAAGGUUCUGACACUAACCUGUCCCACCCUGCCAGCGCUGCUUUGAGUGUGCUACAGCUGGCUGACUAGCAUGUGGUCACAGUGAAGGAUAAAUGACAACAAUGUGUGACAACAAUGAGCUGGUUUGAAGAGUUAGACCUGCUCCAGGAGGUUUAUGUGCUCCUCUUUGCUGGAGCUUUUAGGAUACGAGGUUGCAUCAUGUCUCUGAACAUCCUUAUUAUUAAAAUACCACCUUCCACUUCACUGUGGAGCCAUCUGACAGCUGUGAAGGAGGAGCAGAUAUUGCGGCUUUAAACACUUCCGCUAUUAGAAACAGAGAGAAAAGAUGCUUGUGUGAAGCCUGAGUUUGAGGCGUGAGGGCUGCGCAGUGUACAGAUGUGAGUCAGUGUAGAAGGAUGAAGCCUCUGACUGGGCUGCUGCUCCUCUCUGUCUGUGGCCUCUCGUCCUGGAGUAAGUACAAACACCUCAUUCCAACGACUAAAUAUUCAUGUGCAGCGUGAAUGAAGAAGUAACAUAUUAUUACAUUUAUUUGCAGGUCUUUCAUCAGGACAGCAUCGUUUCACUCCUCAUUAUUCUGUGAUGGAGGGAGACACAGUCAACAUCAGCUGCUGCGUGAUGAAAAAAAGUUUACGUCCUGUAAUAAGGGCGAGAGCAACCUGGUUAAAAAAUGACAUAGAGAUUAAGGGCAAGAUGAAUCUGUCUGUGAACAUGAAGUCUAGUAACUGUUUGACAUUAACCUUAUCAAACAUCACAAGAGAAGAUUCAGGAAGAUACGACUGCAAAGUUACUGUGGAGAUACCAUUUUACAAAGUAUUCUAUGGAAAUGGAACAGUCGUCACUGUUACAUUCACUGAGGACGCGUCAGGAGAUGACACACUUAAUGUUGCAUAGAGCAGGAACCUUAUGUGCCCUACACAUUCACCGUGGUAGAAGAAAACACUGUCAUGUGGAUGAUGGCCCGAGACACUUAACAACAACGGAUCGUCGCAAUUGUGUGUCACUGCAGCGAUAUAUUGUACAGUCACAUUAAAGUGCUCUCAUGUAUCUCGUCCAUUUGGUUCAUUUGUCCAUUUGUGUUUGCACCAUAUCCGUGUCAUUGCCCUUUUGCCAACCACAAUUUCCUUUAGAUAUUCAUCUUCUCUUGGCGUUCUUCCAUGUCCAAAGUUAAAGAAAUAGAAUUGUAUCACAUCAGCUGACCCACUGUAAAUAGUUUCUCAAUUUCCUUAAUUAUAUUUCUACCAAAAUUAUUUUUUUUUGGGGGGGGUCAGCUUCAGAACACAUGGCUAUGAUCGUGUCAGGGUUAUGCUGAUAAUGGUGGUUUAACUGAUGACAGUCUUAUUAGCUUAUUAGCAAUUGUAGUCAAGGCAAGCAGGUUCAUACACAGGUGAGCUCGAGCUCGAGCUCAAAUCCGGGGGACAGGCAGGGUUCGUCAUUCUAGGUUCAAGGUUCAAAUCAUUCUGUAGCUGAGUAAUCACACUCUGCAUGUAAACCACCAGACUGGUUAUAAUGUGCUGAUAGAUAUUCAUACAUAAUCACUUAGUAUUAAACAUUACGUUGGUUACUAUCUUUUUAAAAUUCCAUUUAGAGAAUGUCUUGACGCUAACCUGUCCCACCCUGCCAGCGCUGCUUUCAGGGUGCUACAGCUGGCUGACUAGCAUGUGGUCACAGUGAAGGAUAAAUGACAACAAUGUGUUUGCUGCUUCAGGAUGUGAAGAGCUGGUUUGAAGAGUUAGAACUGCACCAAAUCAGCCAGAUGUUAAAAAAGCUUUUUCAGGAGGUUUACGUGGUCCUCUUUGCUGGAGCUUUUAGGAUACGAGGUUGCGUCACGUCUCUGAACAUUAUUAAUAUUAAAAUAUGGAUUCAAAUUAGGGUUACAUUACAUUUGUGCGUGCGUUUAUUAAAAUGACACCUUCCACUUCACUGUGGUGACAUCAAAGGAGCAGAUAUUGCGGCUUUAAACACUUCCGCUAUUAGAAACAGAGAGAAAAGACGUUUGUGUGAAGCCUGAGUUUGAGGCGUGAGGGCUGCGCAUUGUACAGAUGUGAGUCAGUGUAGAAGGAUGAAGCCUCUGACUGGGCUGCUGCUCCUCUCUGUCUGUGGCCUCUCGUCCUGGAGUAAGUACAAACACCUCAUUCCAACUACUAAAUAUUCACGUGCAGCGUGAAUGAAGAAGUCACAUAUUAUUACAUUUAUUUGCAGGUGUUUCAUCAGGACCACAUCGUUCUGUGAUUAAGGGAGACACAGUCAACAUCAGCUGCUGCUUGAUGAAGGAAAGUUUACAUCCUGUAAGCAAGGCGAGAGUAAACUGGUUGAAAAAUGACAUAGAGAUUAAGGGCAAGAUGAAUCUGUCUGUGAACAUUGAGCCUAGUAACUGUUUGACAUUAACCUUAUCAAACGUCACAAGAGAAGAUUCAGGAAGAUACGGCUGCAAAGUAACUGUGGAAAUACCAUUUUACGAAGUAUUCUAUGGAAAUGGAACAGUCAUCACUGUUACAGACAUAAAGAAUACACCAGUAGAAGGUGUCACAGAUGAUCCACAGGAGGACGUGUUGACUCACAUCAUGAGGUGUCUGCCUGUCCUCGCCCUCUUCAUUAUCUUCAUCUACCUCUACCGUUCACGGAGCAAAGCUCAGUCACACACACCAGCUGGUCCUGGACACAAAACGCCUUCAGAUCAGCAAGAAAAUGAUGAAGGAGAAGAAGAACACGCUAUCUCAUAGCAGAUCAUCACUGAUGCCUCCUCACAUUCUGACUGCACUGCUGCAAUGUGCCAAAUCACCGUUCUUGAUGUUAACUAGAAUGAAAACCUAUGACUGUGGUUUAGCACAGAAAUAAAUGUGACGAUGCUCUCAUCAGAUUAGUGUCAGCGUACAGAGGUGAAGCUGCGUCCUCUGAGCGUGUCUGUUCAGUUUUUGAGGCACUGGUCAUAUUAGCUUUGGUCUCUUAUCCCACUUUUUUAACAAAUACAAUUAAAUCAAUACUGAUGCUG